GUGGGUGACAGUGCAACAAAAUCCGUGGAAAGUUCACGUGGCCGCGAGAGGGUGAGACUUUGGAGGCUCUUUCUCUCUCUCUCUCUUCCUCUCUGGGAGAGGAUUUUCGCGUGAGAGUGUGUGCAGGGAGUCGUGCUGUCCCUUUCGGAAAAGGCAGCAGUCCUCUGGCUUCUUUAGACCAAUACCAAUUGGAAGUAGUAAAAGCGCGCAAUAGCAAUCAUAAAAGGAUAUUUCUGUGACUCCAAAAUUGACGCCCCAUUCGAAAUCACGGGAAAUAUCCGUUAGUUUUCACCCGAAAUUCCGUGUGUGCACGUGUGUGUGUAGCCUGCCCCAGCAAGAUCUACAAUUGCGGUGCUGCGAUUGCAUUCUCAGAGUUAUUUGAUCAGUGUGUACUGAGGACUUGACAGCCUGGUCGAAGGUGGGCAGUGUUAGUGACAGAUCCAGCGAAAAUUGUUGAGAAACGGGAUCAGGUGUCGACAGGGGGACAGAGUGGCUCUGAUCUGUCCAGUCAGAUGAGCAUGGACUCAGUGAUGGACUCGUUGUCGACACACAGUGAACACAGUAUGUCCUCCACGGCUGAAUCGCAUCCCGCGUCGUCCGCCAAGACUCCCCAGAGCCCCAGCAAUCCGACGAGUACACCCCAGAUGCAUCGCCGCACACCGACACCGCACAGUCCGGGCCGGCAGCUGGGGAGCCCCAUCGGGGAGCGCCCUUUGCUGGGCCUGCCGCAUCCGCUCAGCCCUCCACAGGUCUCCACGCCCAACAGCAUGGGCUCCAUGGCGCCCCGCAUUGCACAGAACCUGCCGCACUUGCCACCGCACGGUCUGGGCCUCCUCAACUCCCUGCAGAUGAUGCACCACAAUCCGCUGGAGCUCAUGGCCGCGGCUCACCACCACGUCCCGCCGCGGAGCUACAACAGCCCCCCACCAAUCUCCACCUCUGAUCCCACAGCCAACGAAUGCAAGCUGGUGGACUACCGCGGCCAGAAAGUCGCCGCUUUCAUCAUAGCCGGCGACACGAUGCUCUGCUUGCCGCAGGCUUUCGAGCUCUUCCUGAAGCACCUCGUCGGGGGAUUGCACACCGUCUACACCAAACUCAAGCGCCUGGACAUCGUGCCACUGGUAUGCAAUGUGGAGCAAGUCCGCAUCCUGCGCGGUCUGGGUGCCAUCCAGCCCGGCGUCAAUCGCUGCAAGCUGCUCUCCUGCAAGGACUUCGACAUACUCUAUCGCGACUGCACCACGGCGAGAUGCUUGUCGGUCAAACCGCCAGAGAGCUCCAGACCGGGUCGACCACCGAAACGGGGUCCUGUGGGCCUGUCGCUUCCCGCCACGCACAUGUCUCACCAUCCGCAACUGAAAAAACAUCGACUGGACAACGGUGACUAUCCGUACGAGAAUGGGCAUCUCAAUGAUAUUUCGCGAUUGGAGAAGUCACCUUUGCUGGCGAAUGGAUACAAUCCACCUCCGACUCAUCUGAAUCACAUGCAAUUUAUGCAGAUGAACCACCAUCCGGGAGCAGCCCUGCUCAAUCCGUCGAUGCCACCCCAUGGAAUGCCACGACCAGAUGGAGCCAUGAUGAAGGGGGCGAGCGGGAUGCCGGGAAUGGAUGCAAUAGCCAGGUCUGGAAUCUGGGAGAACUGCCGGGCUGCUUAUGAGGACAUCGUGAAGCAUCUGGAACGAUUGCGUGAGGAGAGAGGUGAGGACAGGGCAGUAGCUCUGGAUCAAAAACCACGAGAUCUCAGCUCGCAGAAUGGUUCAUCGAAUGGUCACAGUCCUGUGCUGAAUUUAUCUAAAUCCAAUAUCGAUCACAAUAGUGCUGAUGAUCGAUCGGAUCGCAGUGAGAUUCACUCGCCAGUGCCAUCGAUUCGCGACGAAGACGAAAAUCUAAGUGAGGAAAAUGUCUCGGAGAUUGACGAUCGUGAGGAGAAGGAUGAAGAUAUUUCAGAUGCUGAGCAAGAUCAUCCAGCGCCACCGCCGACGUCGAUGCCCAAUUCCGAGCAGGCGCUUAAUUAUUCAACUCUGGCCGCUACAGCCGCUGCCGUGGCGGCAGGAGGCCCAGGCAGCGUGCCUGAUCAGGAUCCCAGUUCCUUGUCAUCGACUGAAACCCUUCUGAGAAACAUCCAGAGCCUCCUCAAGGUAGCGGCUGACAAUGCCCGUCAGCAGGAGCGACAGAUCACUUAUGAGAAAGCCGAACUGAAGAUGGACGUGCUGCGGGAGCGUGAAGUGAAGGAUUCUUUGGAGCGUCAACUGAGCAAUGAGCAGAAAUUGAGGGCCAUUUAUCAGAAGCGCUUCAAGAAGGAGAAGAGAGCCAGAAUACGAUUGCAACAGCAGUUGGACAUGGAGAUGAAGAGACGUGCGCAACUGGAGGAUGCGAUAAAGGCUUCCGGUGCUCCUGCAGAAGCUCUCAGACUCAUCUCCGAGAAUGUAAACAGCGAGAGGCGCGAAAGGAGGUCCGCGUCGUCCGAGAGGAGAGCUGAGAGCCCCUAUGCUCCACCAAAUCGGGCAGAUCCCUCGUCGGCACCCCAGAACCCAGCACCGAAUGAAGGGAAGCCCUGGAACUACUCGAACCUGGAUAUGAUGGCCACAGGAGCUUUUUGGCAAAAUUACACAGAAUCCCUGGCUCAGGAGCUGGAAAUUGAGCGCAAGGCAAGACAGCAGUCUGGCGAUAGAGACGUGAAGAGUCCAUUGCAAGAUCGUCCCAAUUAUUACAAGAAUUCCAUACUAUUCAGCAGUGCCACUUAGUCAUGCGAGCAAGCCACUUCAUCAAGUACCCAAUCGAAAGAUCAAUGAAGGUAAUUUGCCCACUGUACAAUCAAACUCCUGAACACACUUGAUCAAUAGAGAAGUUAUGUUAUAUACUUGACAUCGUCGAUUUUUGCGAAGUCUCACACUGAAAACAUUUUAAUCAAUUUGUUACUUAUCUCCUCUGUGACUGUAGCAAAAAAUGUGAAUAAUUUUUAUUGAACUAUAUUGCGUGGCGAGAGAGCUUGUAAUUUCGACAGCAUGUUUUAUGUUGAACAUAUUAGCAUUUUUUUAGAUCUCUCAAAGUCAGAGAAAUAAAAUAAACUGAGAGAACAAAUUGAAAGUGCAAUCAAGUUGUUGAUAAAUAAAUUCAUUUAUAAGACGGAGUAAAAUUCAAUUGGAUUUUGAAUGCAAAUUUGAAAUUAAUUUCCAUGUGAUAAAGCACAACAUUAAAAUAAGGAAUGAUGAACUUAAAUGGUUUUUUUUCGUUUCAGUCGAAGAAAUUGAAAUUACUUUGUAGAGUACAUUUUGUGUGAAUUUUUUGAGACUUUUUGUUUGAUUUUUUUUUGAUUGACAAUAUUAAUUAUCACACACACACCUUCAGGAUAGAUCUUGUCUUUGUUCAAAAGAUGAUGCUCUUUGUAUAAAAGGAAUUAAGCUUGUAAAUAUGAUUAGAUACAGUCUUACUGACUAUUAUAAAGUUAGUUUUGAGAUCCUCAAAUAUUCACUAUGAUGAAGUAAUUAAUAAUGAAAUUAAUUAAAAAAAAAUAGAAUUAGGAAAGCACACACACACACGAUCAUUAAAAUAGUCAAUAUUGAUUAAAAUAAAAUAUCGAGAAAAACAUUAAAGCAUUAUGAGGAAAUAUGAUAAAACUAGUGAUUAGUGAAAAUCAUAUAUAAUAAUUUAUUUUGCUAGACAUAGAAACUAUGACAAUUAAGGCUCCUGUAAAAAGGUAUGAAAAGAUAUGUGAAGGUGAAAUUAUUUAUCACUGCAUCAAUACUUUCUCAACACUGAAAAUAAAACUAUACAAGAGAGAAAAUAACGAAAUAAUGAGAUUCAUAUGUAUUAAUUAAGAAGAAUAACAAAUACACUGAUUCUUUUAUACAUUAGAACAAUUUAUUGGUUGCCAUAUUUUAAUCUUCUUUACGAUAUAAUUAAAAAAUGAGAGGCGAGUGUAAAGGUAAAUUGAAAAGCGAUCAAGCGAAAGGAAGGUUUAGUGAUGUAGUUGUAUAGGCGUACAAUUUAUUUAACAAGAAAAAAAAUUCUGUAGCGUAUAGAAAGGGGACAAAAGGGUGGGGAAUGCAAAACUUCGAAGUAGUUUCCGCGAUAAUCUCGGGAAUGAAGUGUAAAUCUUCUUUGACGAAAAUAGUCCCUUUGAUACACACCAAUAAUUGAAAACCAUCAAAAACAUAAAUAUAAAAUAGAAACUUAAGGGAAAAUCUACAAGUAUUUGACAUGCAUUUUUCCCAGUCCCUGUAAAUUAUAGGGCGAGGAAAAGGCAAUUUAAUGAGGCAUGUAAAACGAAUAAUAAAAGUGUAACAUAGAAGAUUUUUCUCACGAAACUUUAAAUAAUAGGUGGAGAUGAACUUACAAGAGAAAUAAUUGCGACAUGAUUAAAACAAAUUUGACUAAUUAAUUGUACCAUUAUUAAAAUUAAUUGUUACAUGUCUAUAGAAAUAACUAAAAAAAAAACAACUAAUACGAGAUAUUCAAAACUUGCGACUGCAAUGAAUUGAAAGUAAACAUUUUUUGCCUCUUUUUCUAUUUACUGUAAAAUACACAAAAGAUUUAGGAAGAGGAAAUGGUGAAGAAAAAAGAGAGGAAGUCACUGCAGAAUUUACUAACAAGGUGUUCUUGUUUUCGGUUUGUAAAGCAAAUUAACAAUCAAAUUAAUUUUUAGAGCAUUUCUACGUUUAAUAUUGGUGUAAUUUAUCAUUAUUUGAUUGGUGUUCUUUUCUCUCCUCUGUUUUUCCUCACAAUAUUUCAUUGGUCUUUUUGAGUAUUUUGUGUCUAAAAGCUCUGUGGUCGUUCUUUUUUCUCGUGUUCCCUCUAAUAAACGUGAUCAUAUCUAAUUGCAAUUCCCAUUUUUUCUCAAUUUACAAUGGUCACCAGUAUGUAUGAGAAAGACCGAAGAAAAGGAAUAUUCAUGCGAAGCGAGAGCCAUGAAAAAAUCACUCUUAUGUGAAGAAAAAAGUGAAAAUAUAAGAAGAUUAAUUCAGUCGAAAUGUACAAAAAGGGAAGAGAAAAAAAGUAUAAGAGGCACCUAAAGAGGACCUCUUCAAUGAAUGUAUGUUUUACUAGUUAUAAUAAAGAUAAUUAUAACGUCAUACAUAAACAUGAUAAAUUAAUAUAGAAAUAUUUGAAAGAAUAAAGAGAAAUUUUA